AAUGAAUAUGCAGAGAUGCUUGUGGAAAUUAUCAGAGAAGUUUACAGCAUCUUUUUGAACAUCGAUGAAGGCCUCUUUGGAAAGCGGCCGCAGAUCCCUGAUCAAAAGCUCGUGAGGACACCGUACGGGGGGCGUGUGGCGGUCACCAUGCCUCACGGUAACAGUCUGGUUGUUCACUUCAAGGACAAACAACUCAUCCGCCACAAGAAGAGAUGGUCUCAGGUCAUGUACUUGUACUACCUCUUGGGUUGGAAAGUUGUGACAAAAUAUAUUUCCAUUCGCAAAGCAGUACAAUUGUGCCAGUUUCUCCAGAAAGAGAAGCACAACACCUACCUCCUGGCUUUAGAUGGGGACACAGACUUCCAGCCGGCUGCUGUGAUGCUGCUCAUCGAUCGUAUGAGACUGUACCCGCUGGUCGGGGCAGUGUGUGGCCGGAUCCACCCCACUGGGUCAGGUCCCAUGGUUUGGUACCAGAAGUUUGAAUAUGCUGUGGGUCACUGGCUUCACAAAACAGCGGAGCACGUGUUCGGCUGCGUGCUGUGCAGCCCCGGCUGCUUCAGUCUGUUCAGAGCAGCGGCGCUGAUGGACGACAACGUGAUGAAAAAAUACACCAUCAAGGCCUCAAAGGCUCAACACUACAUCCAGUACGACCAAGGCGAGGACCGCUGGCUCUGCACUCUGCUGCUGAAGCAGGGAUGGAGGGUGGAGUACAACGCAGCCUCGGAUGCCUUCACCAACGCCCCAGAGGAGUUUAAGGAGUUUUACAACCAGCGCCGUCGAUGGGGACCAUCCACCAUGGCAAACAUUGUGGACUUGCUGGGCACCGGCAGCCUGAUUACCAGCAGGAACCCGUCCAUGUCCAGAGUCUACAUGCUCUACCUGCUCUUCGGCUUGGCCUCAUCCAUCCUGGCGCCUUCCACUGUCGUCCUUAUGAGCGCAGGUAGUUUGACAAUUUUGCUUAAAAUUCAUCCCAACGCCGCUCUGGUCCUGGCUGUGAUACCUCCUGCUGUCUACCUCGGCAUCAGCUUCAGGAUCAAGUCAGACACUCAGAUCCUUAUUGCAGCAGUCUUGAGCAUCCUGUACGCGUUCCUCAUGAUGAUAACAGCACUUGUAAUAAUAGGCAACAUCGUGAAGGACAAAACCAUCCUGACUCCCAGCAGCCUCUUCAUCAUUGCUCUCGCCGGCUUUUACCUCAUCACUGCGCUCAUGCAUCCUCAGGAGGCCGGCCUGGUGGUCUACGGCUUGCUUUACAUCCUCUGCAUCCCUAGUGCCUACCUGCUGCUGGCUAUUUACUCCAUGGUCAACAUGAACAAUGUGUCCUGGGGCACCAGGGAGACGGCGCCCGCUGCCGGGGCGGCCAGACCUGAAGCCGCCGCCCCACAUACUAAAGACCAGAAAGCUAAAGACGCAAUCACGCACUUCCUCUCACGGGCCAAAUGCUGUAAAAAACUCUGCCGGAGAGGCAGUGCAGAGGAGGUCACUGCCAGUAAGGAGGCCCUGACCGUGGCGGCAGCAGAGCCUGAACCUCAGCCCCAAAACACAAUUGUGGGGGAUGAGACGUGGCCAGAGGAGGAGCACAGACAAGAGGAGCCAGCUUUCACCUGCCCUAACCAGUGUUGGGUCACGCAGCUACAGAGUUUAUCUGAUGACAUGCGCCUGCAGGAGGAUAUACUUGACCGGCGUGAGGAGCAGUUCUUCAGACAGCUGACAGCAAAAUACCUGGAGCCUCUUCCUGAGGACAAAAAGAAACAGAAGAUUAUGACUGAUAGACUCAGGGAUCUGAGAAACAAGAUAGUGUUUUCCUACUUCAUCAUCAACGCCUUCUGGCUCGUAGCGACCUUCACCAUGCAGCUCUCGGGAAAUAACAUCCGCAUCGUGUUGCCGAAGGUCGACUUAAACCUGCAGUUCACAGGAGAGUACAUGUACAUCGACCCGCUGGGCUUCAUGUUCCUUCUGUCAUUCGCCUUACUGGUUGUCAUCCAGUUCAUAGCCAUGGUGUACCACAGAAUCUACACCCUGAUCCAUUAUGUGGCCUUUCUGAGCACAGAGUCCAAACCUGAAAAACAAAAACAUCAAGUCAAAGAGGUAAAGGACCACGGAGAUGCUGACAGUGACGAGGUGGCGUAUCCUAAUGUGCUCAACAGAAACUACAACCACGGAACUCUGGUGUAG